UCCAAACGACGCCAAAGGCGUUGGUGUUGAUCAAACGUCCAAAGCGGCGAGAUAAAGACUUUGUUCAGAGCAGGAGCUCUCGGAGCUCAGCUGAUCCGACCUUACACUACCCAAACUGGUGAAACUGAGUAAGAAGACGCUACUGGAUCCUGAGUGAAUGUCCGUCAAAUAUCCGACUUAAAACUGACUGGUUAAACCAGGGUGGUCGAAAAUGUAACGUUACCUGAAAAACAACGCAGUCCACAGACCGAGAUGAGCAGUCAGUGAGCAUUUCAGUCUUAUAGCCACGAAUCUUUAUCAAAAUACGAUGGACAUGAUGUUUUUGUUGCUUCUCUUCUGUCACGUUUCAUCAGCAGUGAAACACUCCCUGAAGUAUUUCGUAGCUGGAUCUUCUGGAGUCUCAGACUUCCCAGAGUUCAUGGGAGCUGCAGUGGUUGAUGGUAUUCUGCUGGGUUACUGCGACAGCAACACCAGGAAAGUAGAAACAAAACAGGACUGGGUGGAAAAACUUUUAGAAAACGACACUCAGCAGUUACAGUAUUACAACCAUGAGUGUUUUGAGUAUCUGCCGAACGUCUUUAAAGACAGGAUACAUUUUUUUAAGCAGCACUUCAACCAAAGUGGAGUUUCUGUCUCUCUCUCAGGUGUCCAUGUUUUACAGAGGAUGAACGGCUGUGAGUGGGAUGAGGAGACAGGAGAGGUUAAUGGUUUUAAUCAGUAUGGUUAUGAUGGAGAGGACUUGAUGGCAUUUGACCCGAAGACAUCGACAUGGAUCACUUUGAAACCACAGGCUUUCACCAUCAAAGAGAAAUGGAAUGCUGAUGAACCUAGAGCAAAACACAAUGAGAUUUUCCUCACUCAGAUUUGUCCUGAGUGGCUGAAGAAGUCUUUGGACUAUGGAAACAGCUCUCUGCAGAGAACAGAGCUUCCCUCAGUGUCUCUCCUCCAGAAGACUCCCUCCUCUCCAGUCAGCUGCCACGCUACAGGUUUCUACCCUGACAGAGCCACGAUGUUCUGGAGGAAAGAUGGAGAGGAGCUUCAUGAGGACGUGGACCACGGAGAGAUCCUCCCCAACAACGAUGGAUCCUUCCAGACGAGUGUUGACCUGAAUCUUUCAUCAGUCACACCUGAAGACUGGAGGAGGUACGACUGUGUGUUUCAUCUCUCUGGUGUGAAGGACGACAUCGUCACCAAACUGGACAAAACAAAGAUCAGAACCAACUGGGGCAAAGUUGAUUCCAGUAACAUCACCAUCCUGAUGGUUGUUCUUGCUGUCGUCCUCAUUGCUGUUAUUGGAUUUACUGUUUACAAAAAGAAGAAAGCCAAACAACCUCAAACUCCUCCUGUCAACAGCUCUGAGCUCUCUGAGAGACUGAAUCCAGAAACAACACAAUACCCUGCACCAUAGACUGAAUAAAAGCCGUGCGCAAAGUCCCGUCAUGUGGUACGGAAACACUAACAAACAGUAAAUGCUGUGACUUUGUUAACGCUGCUUUCUAAAUUGCACGGAACACUGAAUUUUCCUAAUUUCUCAUAUUUAAAUUUCCAAGUGACAUAUAAUUAUUUUAAUGUACACUUGGACAUGUCAGUAUUGUUUUUAUGCCGCGUUUGAGACCAGUUGGAACUGGGAUAUUUGCCAGUUGAAACUUCCGACUUCCCACCUCAAAACGUUCCAGGUGCAUGGAGGUGCAUGACUCCGAAAGUGAACGAGGUACAGAUUUUUUCUCCGAGUUCACAAGUAGGAAACAUCUAGUAGCGUUCCAGGAUAGUUUUUCUAGUUGGAGGUCGAAAAUUUCCCAGUUCCGAGUUGCCUGGAACGCAGCAUAAGUCUCAUUUCCGACUUCCGAUCUCAAAGCGUUCCAGUUGCAUGAUGGUGCAUCACAGUGAAAGUGCACAAAAAAUAGGAUGACGGUGACAAACUGAUGUGUCUUUAUCAAGUGUGCAAACAACUGAACCCUCAGUAGUGCACUUAGUGUUAAUUAAAAUGAGCCGUUAUAAUGAAAACAAGUGACCUAAAUAUAUGUUACUCAUUAACUGUGUAACCGAAUAGCUUCACCAGUUAGUAAUC